UCAGAGUCAGUUGUUGGAUAUUUCUUAGGCAAUCAUGUUGAUUGGCAACAUUUUCAUAUUUUCCCUGCUAAUCGGAUUCUUGGAGGCGCAGAUGUGCGAGGUGAAGCAGGUCAGAACUGUGAAUGGCAAGCGUAUGGAACGAAAAGUGCAAACCUGCUGCAGAGGAUACAGAAGAACUGGGAAGGCUCCAAAGAUCAAGUGUGUGGCCACCUGCCAGCGACCCUGUGGAAGUGGCAGGUGCACGAAGCCAAAUGUGUGCACCUGCAACGCUGGAUAUCAAAACUUUAACAACGUUUCGUCCAAUCGAUGUGUUCCCGCCUGCAAGGGUGGCUGCAGCAAGGGCACCUGCCAAUCGCCCGGACGGUGCGUCUGCUCCAAGGACCAUGUACUGGACACCGCCAGCGGCAACUGUCUGCCCCACUGUCCCAGCGGCUGUCCCAACGGCAAGUGCGUGCUCCCCAACAAGUGCAGCUGCAACGCAGGCUUCACGCUGCAUGCCACCAGUCAGACAUGCCAGCCCAGCUGCGAUCAGAACUGUGACUUCGGCCACGGUGUCUGUGCGGCUCCUAAUCGCUGCGAGUGCAAAACGGGCUACGUACUGGACAAAGGCUCCAAGUCGUUUAUGUGUCGACCAGUGUGUCGCAUGGGCUGCGAUAACGGGGUUUGCCGGGCACCCGACGUGUGCGAGUGCAAGAAACACUAUCAGAAGGGGCCCGAUAGAAACUGCGUGCCCAUCUGCACCGACGGUUGCUUCAAUGGCAACUGCACGGCGCCAGCUGUCUGCGAAUGCCACAAAGGUUACCUUGCCAUCAGCGACUCGGUUUGCCUACCCAUCUGCAGCGCAGGAUGCCCGAACGGGUUCUGUGAGGCUCCAGAGACUUGCGCAUGCAACGAGGGCUAUCUGAAGCAGGACAACAUCUGUGCGCCAGUCUGCAAAGGCGGAUGUGAGAACGGAUUCUGCGAGUCUCCUGGAAAGUGUUCCUGCAACGAAGGAUUUGGAAAGGAGACUGAGAACAGAUGUGUUCCCAUUUGCGAGGGAGGAUGCGAGAACGGAUUCUGCGAGUCUCCCGGAAAGUGUUCCUGCAACGAAGGAUACGGAAAGGAAAGUGAGAACAGAUGUGUUCCCAUUUGCGAAGGAGGAUGUGAGAACGGAUUCUGCAAGUCUCCUGGAAAGUGUUCCUGCAACGAAGGAUACGGAAAGGAAAGUGAGAACAGAUGUGUUCCCAUUUGUAACGGAGGAUGUGAGAACGGAUUCUGCGAGUAUCCUGAAAAGUGUUCCUGCAACGAAGGAUACGGAAAGGAGACUGAGAACAGAUGUGUUCCCAUUUGCGAGGGAGGAUGUGAGAACGGAUUCUGCAAAUCCCCCGGAAAGUGUUCCUGCCUUGAAGGAUUUGGAAGGGAAAGUGAGAACAGAUGUGUUCCCAUAUGCGAAGGUGGAUGUGAGAACGGAUUCUGCGAGUCUCCUGGAAAGUGUUCCUGCAACGAAGGAUACGGAAAGGAGACUGAGAACAGAUGUGUUCCCAUUUGCGAGGGAGGAUGUGAGAACGGAUUCUGCGAGUCUCCUGGAAAGUGUUCCUGCCUUGAAGGAUUUGGAAGGGAAAGUGAGAACAGAUGUGUUCCCAUUUGCGAAGGUGGAUGCGAGAACGGAUUCUGCGAGUCUCCCGGAAAGUGUUCCUGCCUUGAAGGAUUUGGAAAGGAGACUGAGAACAGAUGUCUUCCCAUCUGCGAAGGAGGAUGUGAGAACGGAUUCUGCGAGUCUCCGGGAAAGUGUUCCUGCAACGAAGGAUACGGAAAGGAGACUGAGAACAGAUGUGUUCCUGUUUGUGAAGACGGAUGUGAGAACGGAUUCUGUGAGUCUCCCGGAAAGUGUUCCUGCAACGAAGGAUACGGAAAGGAAACUGAGAACAGAUGUGUUCCCAUCUGCGAGGGAGGAUGUGAGAACGGAUUCUGCGAGUCUCCGGGAAAGUGUUCCUGCCUUGAAGGAUUUGGAAAGGAAACUGAGAACAGAUGUGUUCCCAUUUGCGAGGGAGGAUGUGAGAACGGAUUCUGCGAGUCUCCUGGAAAGUGUUCCUGCAACGAAGGAUACUUAAAGGAAACUGAGAACAGAUGUCUUCCCAUAUGCGAGGGAGGAUGUGAGAACGGAUUCUGCGAGUCCCCCGGAAAGUGUUCCUGCAACGAAGGAUACGGAAAGGAGAGUGAGAACAGAUGUGUUCCCAUUUGUAAGGGAGAAUGUGAGAACGGAUUCUGCGAGUCUCCGGGAAAGUGUUCCUGCAACGAAGGAUACGGAAAGGAAACUGAGAACAGAUGUGUUCCCAUAUGCGAGGGUGGAUGCGAGAACGGAUUCUGUGAGUGUCCCGGAAAGUGUUCCUGCAACGAAGGAUACGGAAAGGAAAGUGAGAACAGAUGUGUUCCCAUUUGCGAGGGAGGAUGUGAGAACGGAUUCUGCGAGUCUCCUGGAAAGUGUUCCUGCAACGAAGGAUACGGAAAGGAGACUGAGAACAGAUGUGUUCCCAUUUGUAAUGGAGAAUGUGAGAACGGAUUCUGCGAGUCUCCGGGAAAGUGUUCCUGCAACGAAGGAUUUGGAAAGGAAAGUGAGAACAGAUGUGUUCCCAUUUGCGACGGAGGAUGUGAGAACGGAUUCUGCGAGUCUCCCGGAAAGUGUUCCUGCAACGAAGGAUACGGAAAGGAAACUGAGAACAGAUGUGUUCCCAUUUGUAAGGGAGAAUGUGAGAACGGAUUCUGCAAAUCCCCCGGAAAGUGUUCCUGCCUUGAAGGAUACGGAAAGGAGAGUGAGAACAGAUGUGUUCCUGUUUGUGAAGACGGAUGUGAGAACGGAUUCUGCGAGUCUCCUGGAAAGUGUUCCUGCAACGAAGGAUUUGGAAAGGAAAGUGAGAACAGAUGUGUUCCCAUUUGCGACGGAGGAUGUGAGAACGGAUUCUGCGAAUCUCCCGGAAAGUGUUUCUGCCACGAAGGAUACGGAAAGGAAACUGAGAACAGAUGUGUUCCCAUAUGCGAGGGAGGAUGUGAGAACGGAUUCUGCAAAUCCCCCGGAAAGUGUUCCUGCCUUGAAGGAUUUGGAAGGGAAAGUGAGAACAGAUGUGUUCCCAAUUGCGAGGGAGGAUGUGAGAACGGAUUCUGCAAAUCCCCCGGAAAGUGUUCCUGCAACGAAGGAUUUGGAAAGGAAAGUGAGAACAGAUGUGUUCCCAUUUGCGACGGUGGCUGUGAGAACGGAUACUGCGAGUCUCCUGGAAAGUGUUCCUGCAACGAAGGAUACGGAAAGGAGAGUGAGAACAGAUGUGUUCCCAUUUGCGAGGGAGGAUGCGAGAACGGAUUCUGCAAAUCCCCCGGAAAGUGUUCCUGCAACGAAGGAUUUGGAAAGGAAAGUGAGAACAGAUGUGUUCCCAUUUGUAAGGGAGAAUGUGAGAACGGAUUCUGCGAGUCUCCGGGAAAGUGUUCCUGCAACGAAGGAUUUGGAAAGGAAAGUGAGAACAGAUGUGUUCCCAUUUGCGAGGGAGGAUGUGAGAACGGAUUCUGCGAGUCUCCUGGAAAGUGUUCCUGCAACGAAGGAUACGGAAAGGAGACUGAGAACAGAUGUGUUCCCAUUUGCGAGGGAGGAUGUGAGAACGGAUUCUGCAAAUCCCCCGGAAAGUGUUCCUGCCUUGAAGGAUUUGGAAGGGAAAGUGAGAACAGAUGUGUUCCCAAUUGCGAGGGAGGAUGUGAGAACGGAUUCUGCAAAUCCCCCGGAAAGUGUUCCUGCCUUGAAGGAUUUGGAAGGGAAAGUGAGAACAGAUGUGUUCCCAUUUGCGACGGAGGAUGUGAGAACGGAUUCUGCGAAUCUCCCGGAAAGUGUUUCUGCCACGAAGGAUACGGAAAGGAAACUGAGAACAGAUGUGUUCCCAAUUGCGAGGGAGAAUGUGAGAACGGAUUCUGCAAAUCCCCCGGAAAGUGUUCCUGCCUUGAAGGAUUUGGAAGGGAAAGUGAGAACAGAUGUGUUCCCAUUUGCGAAGGAGGAUGUGAGAACGGAUUCUGCGAGUCUCCCGGAAAGUGUUCCUGCAACGAAGGAUACGGAAAGGAGAGUGAGAACAGAUGUGUUCCCAUUUGCGAAGGAGGAUGUGAGAACGGAUUCUGCGAGUCUCCUGGAAAGUGUUCCUGCAACGAAGGAUACGGAAAGGAGAGUGAGAACAGAUGUGUUCCCAUUUGCGAGGGAGGAUGUGAGAACGGAUUCUGUGAGUCACCCGGAAAGUGUUCCUGCAACGAAGGAUACGGAAAGGAGAGUGAGAACAGAUGUGUUAAUGUUUGUGAAGACGGAUGUGAGAACGGAGGAAUAUGCGUGGGGCCCGGGCAGUGCUCGUGCAGGGAAGGAUACAUGAAGAGCGGAGAAAGCUCCUGCAAACCCCACUGUCCGAAUGGAUGUUUCAAUGGAUCCUGCGUCGCACCGAAUGUUUGCGUUUGUGUCGUUGGUUAUGUCUACGAGUUUUCAUCAGGGAUGUGUGUUCCUAGGGAACCUGCCUCUUCGACUGUCAGCUGGUAUGAGGAAUCCACGGCCUCAUCGGAGAGUUCCUCCUCGAUGGCGGAUUUGAUCGUUUGGUGCGAGAAGUUCUGCUGGAACGGGACAUGCGUGGAGGAGCAAUGUACCUGCGAGCCAAACUACAAGUUGCAGAGGGACGAAGGUGAUGCCGGACGGCUGCUGUGUCUUCCCAUUUGCGAGAGGGAGUGCAUCAACGGGUAUUGCCUCUUCCCCGAUGUGUGUGCCUGCUUCAAUGGCGGAGAGCCAGCUGCCGGCUACCUAUGCCAGUCGCCAGAUGGAUCGACCACGGUGGAGCACUCCCAUGGACGGAGCACCGGCAAGAACCGAUUGCAAUGGCUCUUCAUAUUAGUGGGCAUCGUUUCGGUGGUUUUGUCGAUCGUCAUUGCGUUUCUGAUGUGUUAUAUCUACAAGAAGCACAGCUAUCGAGUGGACAAGAAUGAACAAAAGUUUGGAGUGUACUUUUCAGCGAACAAAGCUGAUAUCAUUCGAGCUUGAUCUUCCAGUGCCAACCCACAAUUUUCACAUUAUUUAAUAGAGUUAAAAGUACGAGUAUGACAGGAAUGAAACUCAUUUUAAUUGCCAAUAUUCUGUUGUACAAGUAAUAAACAUUUAUUGCCACUGUCUCAGCGACAAACUCUCAGCUCCAAACUGGAA